UUGUGCUACCGUUAGUUUAUCGCGUCACCUUGUGACGUACAAUGCGUAGUACUGCUCCAACUUGCACCAGUGCUGUGGCAUGUUUACUUGUAAACGGAAAUCAGCUAGCUAUUUAAGACUCAGUCGGACCUGAAAACCCACAUAUUCAAGCUGUACACAAAUAUUUUUCACUUGUAGGUUAUAGGUAGGCUUCUAAUUUGCUUUUGCAUUAAAUGCAUGGUUUUGUAGCUGUCCUCUGCUUUUCCGUUUCUGCUUUGAAACCGAACAGCUAACAUGGAUAUUAAGGAGGAGACUAUAGCCAUUUUAAAACAGUUUGACAUUGGAAACAAAUUGUCUUAUCUACCGGUCCUGCCCAAAGCCUCGGUGCUGAUCCCGCUGUUUGUGAAGAAUGGAGAGCUGUACACCUUGAUGACCCUGCGUUCAAAGGAGUUGAAGACCAGUGCUGGUGAAGUGUGUUUUCCCGGUGGGAAGAGAGACCCCAGUGACAGAGAUGAUGUGGACACAGCUCUGAGGGAGGCAGAGGAGGAGAUAGGUCUAUCUCCUGAAGGUGUUCAGGUGGUCUGUAGACUGUUCCCUAUCAUUAAUAAGAGUGGUCUGUUGGUGACCCCGGUGGUUGGAUUCAUAGAGGAAUCAUUUUAUCCCUGCCCAAACCCAGCCGAAGUCAGUGCCGUGUUCACAGUCCCUCUGGACUUCUUCACCAGCGAGAAGGACCAUUGUACUGCCCAUGGUGCUGCUGGGAUGGUUGGGCCAUUGCACUCAUUUCAUUUUGUGGACCCUGAUUCAGGAAGCCAGUAUCACAUAUGGGGCCUGACUGCCAUGUUGGCCAUACUGGUGGCUGCACUUGCUCUCAGAAAACAACCCGAGUUUGAUGUUGGUUUUGACUCUGAGGAUCCAUUAUCCUUCUUCCAACAGAUUCUACAUAGAAGAAUUAGUAAACUAUGAACACAUCCUUUCCCAAUGUUGGUGGAAGUGGCUAUUCGAAGAGUCAGACUGAGCAUCCUGGAUUGCUCAAAAUGAAACGACUGGACGUGAAAAACAUGAAAUUACACCACAAUCCAAGACAAAACAAGCUGACAAAUGUUCAGUGACACAAAUGACAGUUGGUGCCACCCCACCCAUCCCCUCUGCCUCAAAAUAUAUGUUCUCAUAAACUGUAAUUGGUCCGAUGUUUGAUGUAGAGCAAGCUCUAUGUCCACACCAUGAGGUAAAAUUUACAUUCAUGAAACUGAAGUCACAGGUUGGCUUUCUGUGUUGGUAUGGCUUUAAGAGGCAUUACUGUUCCGCACUUCCUCCGCAACAUCAUGUGCUCUUAAACUCCCCUACCCAAGAGGAAUGGAAUGCUUGGAAACAUCACUACUGUGUUCUAACCUGAUCUACACUUAACGGAUGAAUCAAAGUGCCAUUUGAGAUGCAUGACAUUUAAAAAAAAAAAAAAAAAAAAAAAAAAGUUAGAAAAAAAACAAACACACACAAGAAACCUAGCCCAUGUAUUACAUUAUACAAAUUGGGUAAAUGUUAAAACAGUAGAAUGAUGUUCUAACAGAUCUGCUUGAUGUCCACUUAAUUACAUUUCUAAUUUCAGUCAUACACUUCACAAUAAACCUCCGCUUCAUUUCAGGAAAACAUACCAGCAAUGAUAUUCUGUGCUAUGAGCAUAAACCAAAAACUUUAGUUUUACAAAAAUACUCUACAUUUUGAUACAUGGAUACAAAAUUCUAAAAAAGAUAAGUUACUUUAAAAUGGAUCACUAACAGCUGCAGGACAAAAUAGUAUGACUAUGAAAAUGUAAACAGAUGCAUAUGUGAACAAUACUACUCUAACAUUUGAAUUAUUCUCAAACAUUGGCCUUUUGAUAAUGCCAAAUUGGCUACUGUUGUAGAUAUGGAAAGUACAGCAGUGUUAUUUUGCAUCAAAAAAUAGAGUAAUGUAAUGAGAAAUGUAAAAACUGGUGGAAAUGUUAAGAGAGAUGAGAUUAAAUGAUCCAUGAAACAAAGUACCUUUACAUGUCUUUUAUAAAUGUACUUAAAACAAAACAACAUGCUGAAUUGCUAUCCAUGUAAGAGCUGCAUAAUUUAAAUGAGUGAGUAAAAAUUAGUAAACAUGAGAAGGGCAUUCGAAAAGGACAAGUAUGAGACAAGAUGAUAAGGAUUCACAACAGGAGCUUUGGUAUGCCUGGGUGCACUCCAGUCUGACCCCACCACAACAGCCAGCUCUCUAGACUCAACUCUGCUUCGAAGCUAACAAUUAAUGUCAGUGCUAUUGAUUUAAGUAGAAACUGUUACGUACUAACAUCACAUCAGAAGUGCCCAUCACUCCUGCACAUAGCACCAUAGAUAGAAUCAAAAUGGCGGCCUCUAUGUAACAGAGAUUUCAUUUACCAGUGAGCCCCUGUUCACAACACAAGGGACGGGUACUGGGUGCCAACUUCACAUGGUGCCAGCCUGCGCACGGUACCAACACACUGAGACAAAAACUUAAAUAUCUAACACAACACAAGGUAAAACAGUCUCAAGUGAAAGAUUGAACAGUAAAUAGUACAAAUAGCAUAACAAUGAAAAUCCUUCAUUUCAAUGCACAGUCUAAAUGAAUCAGUAUUUAGGUGUUUUGUCAGUGUGUAAAACACAAAGGCCUACUUACCACUCCAACACUGAAAAAUGACAAUGCUUUUGUGGGAAUGGCUGUUUUUUGACAGACUUGACUGGACCACUGAGACUGAAUACAAAGAGGGAUUCAACAGUGAGCAGACAUUCUAUACAAAGUUGUCCUAGACCUCAAAAAUAUUCUGACAUGAGAAAAUGUAAAAAUGCUUGGUUAAGAUGUAUUUACCUUUACAAAGACAACUGCUUUCUGUUUUUUUCUUUUUUUUUUUUUUUUUUUUUUUUAACUGGACGUAUCCGAGUACAAAUUCAGCUGGGUCAGUAGAGAGCUGUGGACGGAUAUAAGGAUUAGCUG